UAUUAGGUGGAGUACAAUACCACACCCAGGGCCAGACUCCUCAAAAAGAUACAAAAAUAAAAAAAUACCAUACCCAGAUGCGCUGGCUGACCUGCGUUUUGGUAGUUUGCGUGAUUUCUCUGUGGAUUAAAGUACUAAAACAAGAAAUUUUGCGUAAAUAUUUUUCACCACCUUUGUAAUCACUCCUGUAGAAGGGAUAGCUGCAGAUUACAAAGGAAAGGAACAAGAAUUUUUCAUAAAUAUUUCCCACCAGUUUUUUCAAGAACUUUCCUCGUUUUGGUUGUUUCUUUUUUUUCCUGUAUAUAAUUAUUGGUUACUUGGUAAAAGUCAUUCAGUAAUCAAAGCCCUAAUUCUCGAACUCCGCUUUUCUGCUGAAUAAAGUAACUUGAUUUUAGCAUGGCGGAGCUUGAGCAAAAUCAGGAGUAUGAUUGGAUUGAGAGAGUGAAAUCAGAAGGCGCUGUUCCACUCCUUGAGCCAGAUAAUUGCCCAAAAGGUUGGGCUUCUCCUCCUGGAGAUGUUUUCAUGGUUAGAGGGCCAGAAUAUCUGAAAACAAAGGCGAAGAUCCCAGGUGGUGAUUAUCUUCUGAAGCCACUAGGUUUUGACUGGCUUAGAGGACCAACAAAGAUUUCAGAGCUGUUAAAUAAUCCUAAAAACCGUGUCAAGAGAGCACUUGAAGAUGAGUGGUCAAAGGGUCAUAAGCCGUUCGUUUGGGCUUUCAACUUACAAGUCCCAAGUAAAGACAACUACAGUGCUGUUGCUUAUUUUGUUGCAGUGGAACCUAGCCUGGAGAAUUCUUUGAUAAAUCAAUUCCUAAAAGGAGAUGAUGGCUUCAGAAAUUCAAGACUAAAAUUGAUAGCCAACAUUGUAAAAGGUCCCUGGAUUGUAAGAAAAGCAGUUGGCGAGCAGGCUAUCUGCAUAAUUGGCCGCGCACUUACCUGCAAGUAUUCUAUGGGAGAAAACUUCAUAGAAGUUGAUAUAGAUAUCGGUUCUUCAAUGGUUGCAAAUGCAAUUGUUCAUCUUGCAUUUGGGUACUUAACAACACUUACUGUUGAUUUAGCUUUUCUUAUUGAGGGUCAAACUGAGUCGGAGCUGCCAGAACGAAUCUUAGGAGCUGUAAGAUUCUCUGAGCUUGAUGCUACUUCAGCAAGGCAACUUGAGUUGGCCUCUGGAGGGAGUGAUGGAGACUUACAGUCAUCUUUGCCUACUAGAUUUUGGAAGUCAAUUGGGCAGGGAUUUUCCCACCUUAUUCAUCCAGGUGCUCAAGAAAGUAGCUCCAACUCAAGUACAUCAUAUCCCAAAGGGGCAGUUGAUCAUGACACAAGUAAUGGAGAUGUUAUCAAGCCAUAGCUAUGAAUCUCCACACUAUUUAUGCUGACAUUGGAUAUGAUGCAUCAAUUCUCACAGAAUCAUCCCCUCAACUUGCUUUGCACUUCCGAAGUAUUUCUUAUUUCUAUUCAUUCCUAUAAAGUGAUUCCCAUAAAGCGAAGAAUUCAUUGCUGAGGCUGUCGAAUGGUUCCUGCGUCUCGCUUGGCCUCAAUCUUUUACCAUGUUUUCUCAGUGACAGAAUUCUUUUACUUGUUAAUGUAAAAUUAUGUACAGAAUGUGUAUUAGACAAUAGCAUAGUCAUUCUGUAUCCCCUUUGGCUGGGCAAUUGCACUGAAAUCAGAUUAAAUGUUAUUAUUGAUUCUAAAUUUUCCUUUCA